AUGCGAACAAAAUGGAAGGCGGCGUGGUCGAUAAGCGUGGAGCUCCUGUCGUCUGCUUCGGUAGCGCCGGAGUCGGCCUCCGCUCUGCACUACUUUGCGGCCAACACUCUCUACACCAAGGUCCGCAAGCACUGGCACCAGCUGGAGGCGGAGCAUCGAGACCAACUAGGCACCGUCAUCCUCCAGCUGUUGCGGAGAACCCCUCCGGUCUCGCCAUCACCGGUCCAUGGCUCCGCGGUGCCGCACCCGCUGCCGUUCUCCCCGGUGGUGAUCAGCCGGCUGUGCUUGGCGCUGGCAGCCGUGGCCGUUCGAGCGGCAAACGGGGUUGAGGCGUACGUGCGAGAAGCAUUCGCUUUGAGCCAGUCUGCCUCUGGGCCCGCCGCGGGGGCGGGCGUGGGCGCACACCCCGCGACGGUGGCGCUGUCGCUUCAGAUGAUCAAGGUCUUGCCCCAGGAGGUGGACGGGGCCGACCUUUCCCGCGCCCGGCGGCUCGAGCUGCAGGACCAAGUCCGGGAGCACAGCUCGACGGUCCUGCACGGUCUCGAGUCCGUGCUAGCGGGAAGCGUGGCGGAGCCGGCGGCGGCGGCGGCGGCGGCGGCCGCCGCGGCAGGUCCAGAUCAGAACGGGGCCGGGGCACCGGGAGGAUCUGGGGGUGGUGGUCUUGGGGAGGCGGAGGCGGGCGGCGGGACCACCGAAGACGUUGUGCUGGCCGCGCUGGACUGCUUGAGGGAGUGGACGAAGCUGGGCGUCUCCCUGGGCAGGCUUGCGACGGACAGACCCCUGUUGUUGGACCGGGUCGUGAGGCUGCUCGGCGGGGAGGGGAGUCCCGGCGGGGGAGGGGGAGGGGGGGGGGCGGCGGCACUCCCCACCGCGUGCGCGGCCUGCGAGGUGAUGUCGGAGCUGCUGGCGGUGAAGGAGUACCCGCGGUCGCCGGCACAGGGCGUGUCGGAGGCGCUGCUAGGCGCGAUGGGGAAGAUGCCCGCGCUUUUUGCAGCCGCCAUACAGACGAAGGAUGAGGAAUCGGCGUCGACGCUUUGCAACACGGUGGUUUCGUUCGCCCAGGAGGAGAUGCCUCUUGUCGCGGGGCAGGAGGGCAAAGGCCUGCCGCUGGUGGAGCUGCUGCUGAGCCUGACGGCGUGCGACCUGCCGAGAAUACCCGUCCUUACCCUGGAUUUCUGGCUGGAGUUGCAAGACGUGCCGUUCUCCGAGAGACACCCCUCCCUAGGCCGACCGGUAUACGUGCGACUGCUGAACGUCCUACUCGCCAAGUGCGAGCUGCCGGCGGGGUUCGUGUCUUGGAGCACCUACACCGGGGACAAUUUCGACGAGGACGCAAUCACGGAGCUGAGAGAGGGGGCGCAGGGCGUGAAGGAUGUGUUGAUGGUGAUCUAUUACAUUCUGCGGGCGGACUACCUGUCGCACGUGAUGGAGAGGCUCAAGGCUCGGCCAGAGUCGUGGCAAGCGCUUGAGGUAACCCUCCUGGCGGUCACGCUUGUGUCGAAGGAGAUCCGGGACUGGAUGGACGCGCACGCGCGGAGCAAGGACCAGGAGUGUGCCGAGGACGCCGGGCGCACGCACGCGCUGGUGUCGGCCCUUAUCAACGAGCUCCUGGUGAACGCGUCGCUGUCCUCGGUCCCGCUGGUGCUCGCCGCCGGCUGCAAGCUCGUCGGCUCCUUCGCGACCCUCGUCGGCGGAGGGCGGUACGGCCGGCCGCGCUUCGGGUCGGUCGGUGGCAGCGCCGCCGCCACCGUCGGCGGAAGAGGGGACGGAGCGGGGUCGGCGGCGACGGGGGCAGUAGCCGCCACGCCGGCGGCGGCGGCAGCGGCAGCGGCGACCGCGACUCCGACGGGGGGCGCCGGGGGGCUGGGCGGGAGCAGCGAUCCGUCGCUGCUGCCGCGCGCCCUGGGGUACUUGACGGUGGGGCUGCAGCAGGCCGAGGCGAGGGGUAGGGCGGCGAUCUCUGUGCGCACCGUCGCUGCGAGCUGCGAGAGGGCCAUCGUGAACAACCCGGCAGCAUUGGAAGCGCUGCUGCAGACUUUGGAGGUGGCAACACGGGCGGGCGCGGGCAUCGAGGAGCGGCUGACUUUGAUCGAGGCUUCCGUGCGAGUGCUUCCCGCCGUAGACCCUGCCCGCGGUUCUGUGCUGCUGAUGGGUCUGCUCUCGCCCCUGAUGCACGCCCUCGCCCAGGGACUGCAGUCGACCACUCCGGAUGAACCGGCGAUUUCCGAGGCUCUGCAGCAGCUAGCCCAAGCGGUGCGUUUCUUGGACGUUCGGGAUACCCCGCCCGCACCGCCACCGGGGUCUCCCGCGGCAGCAGCAGCCCGAGGGAUGUCUCCGGCGGGACCGGUCGCGGCGGACGGAGGAGCAGGCGGGGCUGGCCCGGGAGGGGCGGGGGCUGGAGGCGCCGGCGGCGGCGCCCAGUCUCAGCACAUCUCGACGGAGCUCGUCCGCACGCUGUGGCCGAUGCUGGAGGCCGUUCCCGGGCGGAUGGGCGGCAGCCCGGAGGUGAUGCGGCAGCUCUUCCUACUGGUGGGGAAGCUCCUGACCUCGCUGAGGAUGGUCCUCGCCCGGCAGGUGCACAUCCCGACCCUCCUGAAGAUGAUCAUGGACUCGUACGACGAACACCAGUACCCGUGCUGCCUGGACAUCAUGACGACGGCCGUGGAGGUGUACGGGUCCGCGGACGAGGCGGUGGAGCACUUCCGCGCCCUCCUGGGCAGGGCGUCGACGCGGACCUUCACGGUUGUGCAGCUCGACACUGCCCUCAAGGUCCCCGUGGCCUGCGUCCGCGCCCCGGAUCUGGAGCGAGAGUCGGCGAGAGCAGUGCUGGUGUUCCUGGGCCAGCUUGCCGGGCGCUGCGGCGGGCAGCUUGACCGGUACAAGGGGGAGGUGGAGGCGGCGCUGGCCCCGCACGGGGAGGCUCUAACGCGGCUCAUGUUCGCGGCGCUUGCGGGUGCCUCGCCCUCCCUGCUGUGGCCCAACCUCAUCGACGCUUUGUACGCCUUGCUGAGGGCCUUCUCGGAGCCUCAGCACCAGGGGGUGUCGCAGCAGUGGGUGUUCGGGGCGCUUCGGGACGACCAAGUUUGCGCCGCUCUCAGCGAGGAGGAGCGGCAGCACGUGCUGGACGCCGUGUUCCGACUUCUCAACGACAGCAGGUCGCGGUUCAAGGCGCUCAUGCUCGACCUGGCCAAGAUCUGCCACAACGAAAUGACCAAGGACGGGCUUCUCGCCUACUUCUUGUGACGCACGAGCAACCACAAGCCCCCCCCCCUCUAUCUAUAUAUGCCGUCUACAUAGACAUAUUUUUUUUCUCCGGUGUGGGUUUAUGCGUAUCUCUUUAUUUUUUUCAUCUCUUUCGGUAUCGACAAACUUCAAUAAAGUACCCCCCCCCCUUUCAGCAUCCCUCGACCCCUGGUUUAUGAAACAUCGACAUGCUCUAGGCCAGUGGUUUCGCGCCGCGGCCCCAGGGAGAUAGAUAAUAGUUAACAUACCCCCCGCCGCCGAGUUAGCGACCACGUGCAUCGUCUCCCAAGACCGUGAUUCAAACGUCGAUCGAGUGUGAGAGAGAGACAAAUCUCGUCGUUUUUCUCAGUUUGGAAGGAGUGUCAGGUGGCUUUUUCGGAGGCGAGUUGGUGGACGUGGGGGCCCCAUGUGUGUGAGACAAGAUGGCGGCAGGUGUACCCCCGGGGUUUGGUUUGGUAUUUCGAGGGUCUAGGCGUUGUUGUCGCGCGUGCAUGGGAGAGACGGAGGCGGCUGCCAAGAUAGGUCGACCGCCGCUAGGUGUGUUUUCAUGGAUGACAGGUUUAGUCUCGCAGGUCUGCGUGUGUGUGUAUGCGCGCGCGCCUGUUACAGGGUUCUCUAUACAGCUUCUUGUCCGCUCGCUUUCUCUCCUUCCCUGCCUACGGAAAGAGCAGGAAAAGCUCAGGUGGCCAGAGUUUGCAUGGCUUGCGCCGUUCGCUCUUGUGUACCUGUGUUGGUUCGGUUCGUGAUUUGAGUUUUAUUUACGUAUGGUAGUAGCCCUCCUGGUCUAGCUAUCGGGUUGACUUACGCCCGCUGCUUUGUCUACGCUUUUGUCGUGAAAUGUGCAGCAAUGGUAACAGCAGAACAGUUUUGCGAUUUUUGGUUCUUGUUCGUGCAUGUGUGUUGUGGCUGUUGUUGUUGUUGUUGUUGUGCCGUCCGAUUCCGGUAGUUUUUGGCGUCUUUGGUGAGGUUGUUUGUGUUCGCUUUCGCACUGGUUUUUGCGUGUGUUUCAUAUACCUGUACCUGGCUAGAUUAAUCCUGCGUGCUGCUGCUGCUGCUGCUGUAGUUUUCACAGCCAGUACAGCUUGAUUGCUCGGGCGAGACUAAUAGAUUGAGAUGUGUGUAGUGUUGUCUGCAAGCUUGGGCGCGGCAAGUCGAUUAGCGAGCUAGCUCUUUGUUUUUUUUACAUUUGUGUAUUCUGCAGAGGAGAACACGUGUCGUUGAGAGAGCAGGGGUGAACGCCAGAACCACGCUCCAACAAAUGACCCUUGCUUGCUCGCUCUCACUCUCUCGUCUUUGUUGGGUUUUUUUUUGCAUGUUGUCACGCGAAAUGUGUUUGUACCUCUAGUGUACGUUGGUGUGUCUAGUGCGUUUGGUUCUUUGAGAUCGCCCGUCACAUCGUUUCUUUCAUCUCCUCUCUGCUCCGGCAUUAAGUUGUACGAUGGCUGAGAAGAAGGUGGUUGGAUUGGUGGGGAGGGGCGAGCAAAGCCAUGCAAGUUCAAAGAGAGCAGUCUUGUAUUUUUAGCUAAUAGAAAGGCGCGAGCGAGGGAUUGGAAUGGAGACCCGGCGAGGACCCAUGUGUGAUGCGACCAUCUUUUUUUUGUUUUGUAAGUUUCCAUGAUGGUCGUCCUUUUUCUUCUGUUUGGUUAUUUUGCAGCUGUGCAUUCAGUAGAGAAACUUUUUGCUGACUGCAUGCUGCUGCAUAUUUAUGACUCAUGACAUGACAUCAAUCGAUAGACGGGGCUUUUGCAGCAGAAAGUUGUUUUCAUCUGUGUCUGCGCUGUUGGGCUGCAUGGGUGUCACAUUGUUUUUCGUCUGCCAACGUUUCCAUGUUUGGGCGUGGUGGUUCGUUGCGUAGCUGCAGACGUUUCGCUUCAAGCUUCGUGUUCCUUCUGGCACCCGCUUCUCACCGAUUUGGGGGCCAUGGGCGCGCGCGUUGUGUCUUGUGAAAAACGCUCGGGCUCGGAGCGACAUGCAUGGACGGUCGGCGGUUGAACGAUGUGCCGGCCCGUAGAUAGAUGUUGUGGCGGAGGCCUCUGUCCUGUGUACCAAGUUUUGCUUGCUGUCGAAUCCGUUUCGUUUUUUUUUUAUCCCUGUACCGUGGGUGUGUUGGCCCGUGGCUGAUUCUAUUAUGAAGGGAGAAAAAAAAAAAUUAACAUGCUGUGCCGGUGACGACGUGCGUGCGUUGCGCAUGUGUGGAGGAGGCAAACGGCAGCGAAGGCAAGGGUAUUAGUUGUGGAUGAAAAAACGCUUUUUUUUUUCCAGGACAAGGAGGGGCUGCCGGAAUCGAAGGAGUGUGGCGCACUUUCCUAGGCUGGAUGGUGGGGCGUCGUCUGAUGUGACUUCUGGUGUUUUUCGCGGUGGUUCAUUGUGCCAUUAAUAUUCGUUAAUGAUAUUAGUAAUCAAUCGUUCGUUGUCUGUCGUUGUAGGUGUGCUCGACGCGUUGUUGCAUACUUUUGUGUCCGCCGUGGGGGUGAAGACAGGAACACGGCCUCGAGACGGGGGGAUAGCGGUGCAGGCACGGGGUUCGAUUCUCUCUUCUGCGGGUACGCUGUCCGACCAUGUGCAGAUGGAUGGGAACCGGUAUACACGCAAGGAAAGUGUGUGUGCAUACGGACCAAGACAGUCCGUACGUACGUACGUACGUACGUGUGCACGCGCUGUGAAGAAUGAAGCGUUCGUACGGCACAUUUCUUUUGCCCUGACGAUACCAGCUGGAUGAGACAACUGGUGGUAGAUUUGUGCGGCCGCAAUGGGGUGGGGGACGGUAUGUGGCUACAAUAAUCAUAGAUGAUGCAAGAUGAAGGCAAGUGUCUUCUUCCUUCAAGCUUGAAGGGUUUAUGAAUAAUCUCACAAAC